UGACAACAAUAUUAUGUUAAUUUUGAUAGAUCGAAACUGAAAAUAUUUAAUUUUUGUGGGUGUAUUUUUGUCGAUAUUUGUAAUCAUGGCUGGUAAAUUCGGGGGCUACGAUGAUGAUGACGACGACGUGUUGGCGCCUAAAGAACCCCAAGUCACAUCCCAGGAUCCUUUGGAAAGGAAAGCGGCGAGGGCUUUGCGAAUCAAAAAGAGGCAGGAUGCCUUGAAAAAAGCAGAACAGGCGACUGAAGAAGUAGCCCCAGAAGAAGAGCCAGGUCUCAUAGAACAAGCGACCGCAACGGCUGCAGAGGAACUCCAGAGGCUAGCGUUAGAUGGCGCUGCAAAGGUUACCAAUGUCAAGGUCACUACGGAUGAGCGGGAGGUCAUCAGACGAGGACUCUUCUCUAAAAAUACGCAAAAAAACUUCAAAAAAAUCGAAGAAGAAGCAGCUGAAGCGCAAUUGCAAUAUGAAGCUAUAUCCGAGCAUUGGGCGCUGAUGUUGGAAGUCAAAGACCCGCUAGACAUUGACGCCGAGAUGAAGGCUCAGAAAGAUAAGUGUGACAAGCUGUUAGCACAGAAGAACCAGUUGGUAGAGGAGCUGAAAAACGAUUUACGAUUGAUGGAUCAGGCGUAUUACGACGAUUUGGAAAAACAAGAUCAAGACAUCAAAGAGCUAUCGGACAGAAUAGAGAAGCAAGUGACGAUAAUGCAGCGGUCGUACGAGAAGCAGCUGAGCCUCAUUGAGCACGCCAUCAACCUAGAGCGCGACGCCAUGGUGGACCACAACAACAAGCGCUGGGAGGCGCUCUACAAGCAACGAGACAGGGAGGAAGUCGCGCACAUGGAGUAUAAGUUUGACCAAUUGGAAGAACACAAACAAGAAAUGGAAGCUAUAAUGUGGGACCACCACGAGAAAUAUCGCGAGGCUAAAAUAGAACUGGAGUCGUUAACGCAAGAGUUGCAGAAGGAGUUGGAGAAGCUGAAGGCCACAUGCAUUAUAAACACAGAGAAAAUCGGAUACAAUUAUCAGGUGUUGAAAAAACGCGAAGAGGAAAACGUUUUCGUGAGGUCACAGCAAAAGCGUAAACUGAACAAAAUGUCAGACGUUGCGAACACACUGCGUUCGAAGAUUCGCAAGGCGGCCGAGGAUGGCGCACAAGAAGAGAUAAGGGCGGACGCGGAGAUAUCAAAACUGAUGCAGGCUAUGGACGAUUUGGAGAAGAAGGCGGAGCAUUUCUCGCACGUGAACAACUACAAGUUCAGCCAGGUGUGGCGCAUGUCCUCUGCGAAGUGCGCGCAGCUGAGCCGCGACCUGCGGCAGGCCGAGGUGGCUCUGCACGCCCACAUCCUGUCGGAGCCACCGCCGCCCCCGCCGCCCGCACCCCCUAAAAGUCCACUUGCUAAAUAUGAACGUGAAAUGAGUCAGGCCAGCAAAGCUGUGGCUGCUGUCGAAGUCAGUAGCGAUAUAGAAAAUACCCGAGAAGCGAGAGACAAUUUGGUCCGCCAUAUACUUCAACUAGUGGCAGACAACACAGGUUUCUUGGUAGAAGAUCGAUUGCUGAAGCUCAUAGAAAAAUAUCAACUAACAUCUAGAAAUCUGUGCACUUUGGACUCUAUCUUCAUGGCUUUAGAAAUACAAGCAGAAGAAGACGUGGAGUUGCUGUGUAAGACGUUCUUGGCGUACGCGUUCUGUCCUAUCUGCGUUGGGACGGACAACGGUCCUGAGUUGAAUGAGGGUUCUGAUCUGUCUCACUCGCAUGAUGAGCCCCGCCAGAGUGUUGCGUCCAAAGGAAGAGCAUCGCUUAGGCCUCGCAUCAGUUUAGCCAGGAGUAUGUCUGCGAGCACCCAACGAUCGACACAUGUGGGAUUCAAGACUCAUGAUUUGUCUCCGGAGGACCAAAUGCUGGUGUCAGAAGUUGAUGAAAUUAUUCAAAAAUUCGACGAUAAACAUGCCCCGCUGAUGCCGGGCCCCGAUUCCGCGGUGCCGGCGCCGGGCCGCCAGGGCAAGCGCGGCGUCACCGUCUCCUCUCAGCCCGAGUUCAAGGCCGCCUCCAAACCGACCAAUCCGUUUCUCUGUGCUUUGGGCCACUAUCUAGAAAUUGAGCCCAUGCAAGUGCUGACGGCAUUGGGCGAAUUUAUAGAGGUAUUUGUGCCUCCGGAAAAGAAAAAACUUAAUGAUAUAAUGGAUAGUGUAAAGCCGCCAAACUUUGAUUCACCAUCGCGAUCUUUGACGUCCGCUGAAAUAGAGCAGUACUGGAGCUCGUGGAAGAACGCCUUCUCUGUCGAGAAAGAUCAUUUUUGGGACGGUCUGUUGGGCGGGCUUAACAACUACUUGACUAUUUUGCAAGAUCGGUCGCGCCUGCACUCUGAAGUAUCGCUGUUGCGGUCGCGCAACGCAGCGCUGCGUCGGCUGCUGCGCGGUGCGCUGCCCGAGCUGCCGCGCGCGCCGCCGCGUUACCGGCGUCGCCCCCCACCCGCCUUCACUGCCCCGCCGCCUGACGCUGCGCGCCAAGCCUUCACAACACUACCCAAGAUCUAAAUAAGCCGUAGAUAGAGAAAACUAAAAAAUAGACUUCGUCAUAUUUUUCGUUUCGCUCAUACAAAAGAGAAAUGCGUAUUAGAAAUACACGAGAAGAAACAGGACAAAGUGCAAAUAUAUUUGUCCCUCACCACAUACCCAGUCUUACAAGGCCCGAUCUGUUUGCAUAAGACGAGCUGGGUAGUUGUAUGGUAAUCAUCGAAGUGUAGGAAUCUCAUUUGAAUGCGCUUAGGCCGUGGUCUUUAGUUUUCUUUGCCAUGUGGCGCUAACAAAAUUGAAUUCGCAGCUAGGGGCGCUUAAGAGUGAGACUUAUGUCCGAGGCAAAUUUGAAUGUUAUUGUUUUCACAUUUAUUUUACAUCUAACAAAUUACUGCUAUUUUAGCGUUAAAAUGUCGGAGCUGUUUUUAAAUGUCAGCCAUAGGACCUCUCUCGACAGUGGCGGCCGACGGUCGCAUCGCAAAAAAGUUUUACAAGUUAUCUUCAAAACUAGUUUACACAUUAUUUUGUAAUUUGGCUCACUUAAUUUGAAGGUAUUUUUAUUUCGAAGUAAAAAGUGUCUCGCAAUCUUGGUGUCGCCGCCGUCUAAAAUGUGUCUAGAGCCGCCACUAUUAGUGAAUUUACAAGUAAUGUUACUUUAAAGAGAAAACGUUGCACGAUUCCUAUUUGGAAAUAAGCCUAGGACAAACCCAACCUCGAUUUUUGUUUUGGUGAUUUCCAUUACAACUUAGAGACUUGUGCUCUUUCUAGAUGUUAUCGUUAUCGCUGUUGUGUACUUAAUUGUCAAAAUAUAAUAUCUACAAUAAAUAUUUAUUACAUUGA